AUUGAACUGAUUCAGUACAAACGUGUCGAGCUCAGUGACUGGUCAACUCAUAUAACCGUUUUUGAAGUUUAAAAUAACAUAGACAAUCAAAAUGGAACGAUACGUCAACUUCCAGCCAACAAUAGAAUUUGAUCCUAUGUGCGACAGAGACCAUCCUCAGAAAAUUUCUUUCGAAGAUGUAUCUGCCGCUGCCUUUAGAAUACAAAGUGGGAUUAUUAAAACGCCAUGCGUGAAAUCCCACAUGUCUCAAACAUAUGGAACGGAUAUUUACCUCAAAAAUGAUUUUCUUCAGCAUACAGGAAGUUUUAAAGAACGCGGAGCACGCAACGCCUUACUUCUGCUGUCAUCUGAAAACAAGGCGCGCGGAGUAAUCUCAGCGUCCCUGGGCAACCACUCCCAAGGUCUCAGCUAUCACGCGAAGAAACUCAACAUCCCAGCGACAGUCGUGAUGCCGAACAUAGCUCCAAUCAUGAAGAUUGAGAAAUGCCGAUCGUACGGCGCCGAGGUGAUCGUGCACGGCCAUGACAUGAAGGAAGCGAAGUACCACGCUAUGAUGUUGGCCAAGGAGAAAGGACUUACUUACAUUAAUGGAUAUGACCACCCUCACAUAAUGGCGGGUCAAGGGACAAUAGGCUUAGAAAUUCUGGAGCAGGUACCAGAUGUGGAUGCGAUACUGGUGCCCGUGGGAGGAGGAGGAUUGCUGGCUGGUGUGGCUACUGCAGUCAAGCAUCUCAGGCCUGAAGUACUAAUCUAUGGCAUAGAAACGGAGAAGUGUCCCAGUAUGGAGAUGGCUCUGAAGAGUGACGAGCCUUUGAGUGUGGAGAUCAGGUCUACUCUGGCAGACGGGCUGGCAGUACCUACGGUUGGAUAUAAUGCCUUCUUCACAGCUAAAACUCUCAUUGACAAAUUGAUAACGGUGAACGAGGACUGGCUGGCGCGAGCUAUUCUUCACCUGGUGGAACAGGAGAAGUGCGUGGUGGAAGGUGGAGGCGCUGUGGGAGUAGCUGCUAUCAUGGCUGGCCUCGUGCCAGAGCUUGCCAAUCGCAAGGUAGUGUGUAUUCUAUCAGGAGGUAACAUCGACACGACAAUUCUGGGUCGCUGCUUGGAGCGGGGUCUUGCGGCUGAACAGCGUCUGGUCAAGUUCAAGGUGACAGUAAGUGACCGCCCUGGAGGUAUUGCAGAGCUCUGCAAACUACUGGCAUCAAUGGGAGUCUCCAUCAAGGACAUUAUGCAGGAACGCGCCUGGGUUUUUGGGGAUAUAUUCAGUGUUCGGGUAAAAGUUGUGUGCGAGACUCGGGGUCCAAGCCACAUGGCCGAGUUACGUGACGUCAUAACCAGAACAUACAAAGAGUGGUAUUUCGCUCGAGAGUGGGAAGAAAAUCGACGUAGACCUAGUGUUGAUUCCCUUGACGAUGUAUCACAUUAAUAGAUACAAUUCGUUGGGGAUUUAUACUUUUUAAAUACAAUUUUAGCAUUAUGGGUCCUAUACAAGUUGGUUUUUUAUAUGCUAAUUAGUGGAAGCUUGUGAGUCUUAAUUAACGUGUUAAUUAGAAACAAACUAAAUUUUAAUAAAAAAAAAGUGUGUGUGUACUUAUGUAUACACGCAAGAAGUUAUACUUCUUUGGUCUAACAAAGCAAAAAUCAUUAAAAUUAUUUAUUCCUCGUACUAUUCUACGUUUUAGGAAGAACAAUUUUGUAAAACUCUUGCUAAGGUGGCUUUGAAAAUUAAUAAAUAACGAAUACGGCUGUAUGGGCUUGAACCCUUUGCCUGUUCUAGUAAUGGACGAAGAAACCAAAAAAAAAAACCAAUGACGCAAACGUCAGAAAAUUUUAGUAACCAACUUCAACGUGUUACUUUUGUGUUACAAGGAUGUGCGUGUAUCUUUCACUCUCAUCAUUUUUUCAUAACGCGCCUAAAGAAGUAUAACUUAAAAAAUUACAUUGCUGUUACUUUUUAGAAUAAUUUUACACUGUUGUUUUUAUAUUUAGCUGUAGUUUCUUGCGUUAUUAUUAUAGUAUUCUAAGAAGAAACUAUGAAGCUAAAUUACAGGUCAGAACAGAAUCGCCCUCAUUUAACCGUCAAUUCGCCACUUGAUGGGGAUGGAUGCAUGGAUCUGAUGACAUAUUAUUGUGAAUGACAAUAGCUAUGUGACGUCGCUCUGUCAAUGUCAUGUGAAUCGCAGAAUCACGUACACGUACAUUUUGCACUAAAGUGAGUUAGUUAGCGUUUUCUAACGAAGGUACAAUUAGGACCAUCAACACAAAAGUAGUAGUGGGAUUGCACUUUCCUCCAAGUGAUAAAGGUGCGUACCGACUGGUGAAACGUAACAUGAAAUGUAUCAUUCUACCUAUCAUUGCAUGUUCGGUGUAACCGUAGACGUACAAACGCUCAUUCACUACGAACUUCACUCACGCGUCCCUUUGUGUUCGUUCGAAGAUCCAACAAAUCUUGUAAGGCCCGGUAUCCACCAAAGCGGAGAGGAGAGGAGACGAGAGGAGAUAAGCCGCGAAGCUGUCAGGUUAUUUCCACCAGAUCGGAAAGGAGAUGUGUGUUUAUAACAACGCAUUCGCAUGUGCGAGGCGCGGGUCGCCCGCCCGACCACCUUUAAGGUCGGAACGCAUUACAGCGGCGCUGCGCUGCGCGUCGCUUCACGGUACCUAUCGCACUAUAACUGCAGUAAGCAGCGGCAGCUCGCGUCAUUUCUAUUGUAGUUUGCGUGCGAGCAACAUUACAAGAUGAGCGAUAGUGACGAGAAUUUGGCAAUUAUUUAUUGUAUGCAGAACAAGAAAUUAUUUAAGGGAGACAAAAAAAAAUCGAAGUCAAAUACACUUUAUUGAAUUAGGCUUCAACUAAGCGCUUUUUAAUCGUCACUAUAAAUUUCUUUUAAAUUACUGAAUCUACCAUAAUGUUCGGAAAAAGUAGAACUCUUGAAAAGAAGAAACAAGAAAUACAACGGCCAAUUUUUUCAAUCAAUUGCGUAUUUUACAAUGGCUGUAAUAAACAAAAUAAAUUAGUUUGUAAGGGAAAUAUAUAUGAAUAAAAUAAUAAUUUAAUUAAACUACUAAAUUAAGAAUUAAAUUAUUUUUAUUUAGUUAUUAAAAUUAAUUAAAUUAUAAGACAAAAUUCUAUAGACUCAACAAGUAACUGUACGCAAACUGAAACGACGCGCCGCUUGCUAUGUCGCACUGAGCGUCGCUGCACUGCGCGUCGCGGCGCUGCGCGUCAAAAUAUUCUUUCGGAGGCAUCUCUGCCGCGACGCGCAGCGACGCGCAGUGCAGCGACGCUCUGGUGCGACAUGCUCCAUACAAAAUGGUUGAAAUAAUAUUAUGACGCUUAGUGCCGCGCAAUGCAGCGCUGCGCAGCGCCGCGCUAAUGCGUUGCGGCCUUUACUCAUCUCCGCUCCGCCGCGCCGCGCUGCUUGAUCGCUCGACGCGGCAAAAAUUGUACAGAAAAAUGAGACAUCUCUUCUCCUCUCCGCUUGAUCCAUUUCCACCGAAGCUAAGCGGAGAGGAGAUGUAGAAAUAAUUAAAUCUAAUUGGUUAUCAAAAUACAUCUCCUCUCCUCUCCGCUUUGGUGGGUACCGGGCCUAAUGCUCGGAGUCCAAACCAUGAGAAAUUGUUACAAAGUUAAAACGAAUUGCAGCGGUGUGUACGGCGAAUUCUUUAAUUGCAUAAUACAUUUCAGCUACGUUUCACCAAUCUAUACGCACCAUAAUGAAUAUAUUGAUGUUUCACUUUCUAAGGUGCAGUUUAAUAUAUUAUCCAAUAUUAUAUAAUGAAAGCUUAUAUUAGAAAACAAUUUUAUUAAAUCUAUUUUUAUUACAACAAACGAACAGUAAAAAUCAUACUUUAGUAUGCCUGUUAAUCCUAAAGUCCUUAUAAAUAUUAUUCUGCAAAGUGCUAGCUCGCUAUUGUGUUACAAAAAGCUUAGACCUGGAAAUAAUCAAAAUCCAUAAUUUUCGUACAUUGUGUGUCCAAUCCAGUGUUUAAUUCCGCAUAAUUUUACAUCUGUGAUAUAGAUAAGAUAAAAAUUAAUAAAAAAUUGUGUUUU